AUGGCUGUAACAGAAGGAACUGUAGUUGGCUUGGAGAAGGACACUGAUCAAGAUGGAUAUGUUCUUGUGCGAAUCCCUAGUUUGCCAAACCCUCUUACGUUGAACGUUUCAACUCUUGAAAGGGUUACAUUUGGAUUUGCUGCUGGGGAUUGGGUCCGCUUGAUUAAGGAAAAUGAAGAACACUUAUCUGUGCGUAUUCUACACUUCAUACAACGUGAUGGAGAUGUUGCUGUUGGUUUCUUAAGGCUACAAACUUUGUGGAAAGGACAUCCUUCUGAUCUCCAAAUGGCAGAGCCGUAUUUUGUGGGGCAGUUUGUGAGGUUGAAGGCAAGUAUUGUGAAUCCCCGCUUUGAGUGGCCUCGUAAAGGCAGAGGUAUGUGGGCAACUGGAAGAAUUUCUCAAAUACUUCCAAAUGGGUGCCUCAUUGUGAAAUUCCCAGCAAUACUUGUAAUUGGGGGAGAAUGUAAAAGUUUCUUGGCAGAUCCAGCUGAAGUGGAGCUUGUCUCUUUCAAUACAUGUCCUGGAGUAGUGGAGAAGUACCAGCAUGCUGAGGAUUUUCACUGGGCUGUACGGCCUUUAGCAAUUACAGUUGGCUUGUAUACAACAGUAAAAGUUGGAGUCUUUGUUGGUAGGAACGUAGGUGCAAAAUUCAAGAGCAAAGGCCAUACGAAUCAGUCACACAAUGAAGGCCGUGGUCAAGAUGGCCAUGGAGGUGGCAGUUCGGCACGUAGGCAUUCAGUUGCAAAAAUCCUCUUUUAG